GGAGCCUGGAGCAGAGUUCUGGCGUUGCGUGCCUUUGGGCAAUGGUAUGCGCUGCCGGGCAGAUUGCCGUAUGAAGGCGAAAGCUUUGGCUCGCUUUCAACGUACCGUGGAAGCUGCCGGGCAUCGGUUGAAAUUCUUGGAUGACGACGAUGAGGCCAAGGAGAUGGAAGGUCGCAAGCGGCUGCGAGACACUGCCGAGAAAGUUGGCCAAGCUGCUGAGCUAGCGCGGAGUUUGCUUGCUUUGUACCCGGCUGGGGGGAAGCUGGCUCGACGCAGGAGGCAGAUGGAGAGAGUGACCGAGCUGGCAGUGCUUG